CAAUAUUUACUAUUAGUAGAAAGGUGAAAGCGGAAGCUUCUCUAAAUCGGGAUAGUCCGGUAAUAAAACCAGGCUUAAGAGUGGUUAGUGGUAUUGGAUUAUCACUCACUCCGAAGGGUUAUUACUCUGUUAUCAAUUCCGGCGAUGUCUUCAGAGCCAGAGCGAGUAUUCUCAGGAACCAAGAGGACGAUAUCCGACUCGCGCCACUCUCUCAAUCCAGAGACAAUCCAGUCAACUCAGUGUCUCCGAGGUCGGCAGUCCUCAAAGUUGGACUCUUGUGUCAGAGACUAUUCUUCCCUGCGUCAUAUCCAAUCACUUGCUACUUCCACCAUCCCCUAUCCUCAUCAUCAAUCCUGUAUCAUAAGAAUUUAAUACUAAUAAUACAUAUUAUAUAUUUCUUAACUACUUUCUCUUUUCAUUUCUGCACUGACCCAAUGGGUUCGUUGGGUAAACCCGGGUUAUGCUUCCUUGGGUUGGGUUGGGUCGGGUCAGCCCUUUUUCGACCCGGGUUAACCCAUUGGAUGGCUUGUUCAUGUCAUAGUUCUAUCAAUCGAUCGAACAUGUAAUAUUAUUCGUACUGUUUGCUUUGAUCUCUUUUUCUAGUGCUAUGCUAUGUUCUAUUUCAUUGUAUAAAUAGUGGGUCUGCACCCUCUCAGAUAAGAAAAUCAAGUUCUUCAGUCUCUUUCUCUCUCGAAGUCUCUCGUCCACAGUUCAAUAUAGCCAAGAUUAUAUAACAAGGCACUUGCAGCCUGGCUGCCAAUGGAGAUGUGAGUAGAGGGCCGGAUUUGAGAUUAGGAUUCUUCCAAAUGGUUAGCAACUCUCCGAUAUAUCAUUCGGGAUUCUGGAUAGACUGCAAACCAGACUAGCUACAUAGUUUUUAUUAUCGGAAACUACUUUGUCAAUCAAAAAAACAGAAAAUAAGCACUUCGACUUACUUUAAUGGAAACAGAGAGGGAGGAAGAAUCGGGAAGGCGGAAGCAUGUACUUUUUCAAGGAGAAUUAAGAUAACACCUUCAGCUUUUUGAAGCUAUUUUCCGGGAGACCAAG